GUCUUCGCGAGCUGGGUCCAAAGAAUCUGCGCAGGAUGGUGAGGACUUCGAGUUCGAAGCCAGCGAACUUGCUAGCAUAAUCCAUGUCUGUCGCGAUUUCCAUGGGCUGUCUACAGCACCAACGAGAGGAACUGGGCCAGAAGUUCUCGAUCGUGCUGCCUUCUGCCGGCUUUGCUGCGCCUUCGACGGCUUCCGUUCCUUGGGCCGGCCGCGGCUGCAACGCUCGGUGGCGCUCUUCGAUCGCCAAGCCACUCGAGUGACGGUGCAGAGAAGCAACGGCACCAGCAUUGACGUGAUGGGUGUGCGGUUGGCCAAGGACAGCAGAAAGGCGGUCGAGGCUGAUGCGCCCAUAGCUUUGCUCUUCAAGUCGCUGGUCCAGGACAUGCUCAACGACCAGGGCUGGGAGACCGGGGACAAAACGCGACGCGCCUCCACGAAGCGGAACGUGUGGAAUUGGUUCUUCGAGAUUCUACUCCCUACUGCACAAGAGUAUGUGCACACGCGGCAAGAGCAGCAGCAGGCUCGAAUUCGCCAGGCGGCACCGCCGGCUCCGCCUGCUCCGACAGAGCCGGAGCAGUCGGAGGAGGCCGAGCCACAGGCCUUAUCCGAGCAGCAGGAGUCUCCAGAACAGCCACAAGAGGCUGCAGAGAACGAGGCAGAGACAGAGCUCCUCAGCGAGGAAGGAGAAGAAUUCGAGGAUCCACAAGAAAAGCAAAGACUUCAGAACGAGCUUUACGCACACACCUUCGUGGUCCUCAAAGGUGAGAAUUUGCUAUGUCAGCUCAUGGAACCCGAGGUUCUGGUGCUCAUGCCAGAGUUGAAGGUCAUCUUCAAUCAACUCUUUGAGGCCUAUGCCGAUUUGCCCAUGCCCGAUGGAAGCGGCAGCAUGAGCUUGAAGGGACUGCUGCGCUGCUGCUGUGACUUUGACCUGUUCCCUGACCGGGUCGACUACAAGACGAUCCUCUGGAUCUACAACUCCGCAGAAGGUUGCAGGGAGAUGGCCGUUGGCCCUCCGCCGCCCAGCAGGGCGGAAAGCACCAGUCCCAAAAAGCUGAAAAAGGUGCGAAGCCGGACCUGGAGCGGAGCUGCAAGCGAUCGCAGCGGGAGCAAGGUGGGCACUUCCCGAAAGUCGCUGGCAAGUGGCAAGAGCAGGAAGUCCAAAAACAACGCGGGCAAAGGCAACACAGAGCACUGCAUCCUCUUCCACGGCAAGUGGAUCAAGGAGCACCUGGCCUGGAUGGCCAAAGGCCCAGAAGCCAUGAGUCUGGCAGAGCUGAGAGCCAUCGCCAUCCUCACAGCAGCUGGGAACUGGAUGGAAUGCAACUGCCUUACAGCAGCCGAGCUUUUGGCAUACUUCGAUGAUGACGGGAAUGGAGCCCUCAGCGCCGACGAGCUGAGUAUUGCCAUCCAGUUCAUGAGCUUUGAGAAUCCUCCCACGAAGGAGGACAUUGAGGACAUUUUCAGCAGGCUUUUGCCGCCACUGGCCGUGGAGCUGGACCUCGAGACCCUCGGCAUGGCGUUUCUGGCUGUCAGCAAGAAAGAGGAGGCCAACUCGGGAGCCGCGAAUGUGAUGGUGAAGGACCUAGCCAAGAUGUCCAAGGAGCAGUCGAAUGCAGCCAUCUUCUUCCGGGAGCUCAUGCAGUACAUGCAGAACCAUGGCCUCUCGCCACCGGAGCUUUUCCAGAAGCUGGACGAAGAGAAACAGGGCACGCUGACUGGCCGUGAGCUGACCCUUCAGUUCCGGCAGCUCAUCCUCAGGACUGGGAAGGGCAGUCCAGCGCUGGAGAUGGAGAAUGCUCUGCUCCUUCUUGACCCACAGGGCUUCCACAAGUUCGGCAAGGCGGACUUCUGCAAGCUGCUGACGCAGGUGCGCAGGGCCGAUCGUGUGAGACAGAUGUCCAAGAAUGCGCAUCCGCUUUUUCUAGCGACAUCCGAGACGGCGCCUGCUGGUACCACCCGGAGAGUUUUUGGACCUGUGGCGUUCAUGGAGUGCAUGUUGAAGAUCGGCCUGGAGCAUCUCAGCUACCACGGCAACGGUACUCAACAGGCUCUGCCGACAUCCUUAAAGCUCCUCUGGCUCGUCGCAUUUCUGACCUGGUCUUUCGAAGCUGCAAAGGUUCGCGCAGCAGCCCGGCCGGGAACCGAAUCCCGAGGGCCCUCCCGCGCUUCUGAGAGGGGAGACUCCCGGCUCUCCGGGACCACGAGCUCUCGCCCAACUUCUUGCACCUCAAGGGCAGCAUCGCGGCAGCGGACUCAAGAGACCCUCGAUGGGAGGCCUUACCCCAAGUUCCUCACGCCACUUCAGCGCCUUCUUGCGCGCCAUCCGCGCCUGUUCCUGGAUGCUCUCAAGGAGCCCCAAGAGUCGAAGGGUUGGCCCGACUGGGCAUCACCCGGCGACGGCGCAGAUGUGCUGCUGCAAUCAUGUACAGAUUGGGUGCAGAAGGAGCGCGAGCAGCAGGAGAGCUACGUGCCCUUUGACCAGAUUCUUCUCAAGCUGGCCGCUGGUGAGAAGAGUCCCACUGAUUGA